AUGUCGACCAGCGACGGCGAUCCGAGCGGACGGACGACGGCGACUCAGACUGGCACCGUGACUGCGAUGACGACGACAACCCUCUCCCUCGCGCACGACUUCGUCAAGUACGAGGACGAGAUUGAUCAUACGACUCAAUACAUCUCGACGCUGUUGAGGAACAUGCUGACGAACGCGCAGAGAAGGGUCGAGUUGGUGCAUCAGCUCAACGGCUUGCGAGACGUGAGGGAGCGCACUAUCAGGGAGGAACAGAUGGGUCAGUCACCGGUCAACCGUUUCAGAUGGGCAAUGUUGAAAGAUAAACUGAUGAAAGGUUGCCACGCCGCCUCUUGCAGCCCAGCAAAGGUCAAGAGCCGUUCUGGUCGAGGCGCGAAGGGAGAUCACCCUCCAGUCGAGAUGGUCGUCCGAGAUCCAGAUCAUCCUCGAUCGAGCUGCAGACGAAGGACUGGACGUCACCGGCCCUCCGCAAUUGCUCAAUGAGAACGUCGAAGGGGACCUAAGCGUCAAAGGGAUCGAAGCAUUACCGGCCAUGGUCGACGUCCUCGAUCUUUCUCAAGUCAGAAGACACUCGUCCACGUCGUCGCCGUUAUCCGAGACAACGAACCGGGACGGGAAUGAAGAGAGGGCCGAGUUGUACAAGAGACAGGUAGGCGCAGAACUUUGGCUCAGUUUUUCGAGGAGUAGUGGAGCUUUGACUUCUGACCCGACUCGCCCCUUCAGCUCUACUACCUUCAUCACGCCACGCUCAACUCGGAACACCUUCUCAAGCGCAAGUUGACGCUCGUUUCCUCUUCCUCGACGGCGUCGGUCACUCGCUCCGAGCUGCUCCGACUGCACACCAUCUCGGUCGAGUCGACGAACAAGCUCGCGUUGCUCUCGAUGGAGCGAAGGGAGGCGGGCCAACGAUUGCGUCGAGCCGAGGUCGAAAGGGAACGCGCCGAGGAGAAGAGGGACGAGGUCGUACUCGAUCUUGUCCUCAUCUGGAAUGAAGUGAGGAACAGGCCUUUAUUACCAUAG